CAUUGAAGAUCUCAGUCCCCUGGAAUUGCAGCUAUUUCUGAGGAACAGCUGAAAGAACAUUAUGACUUGCGUCUCAGCAGUCUGGAGUGGACUUGAUCUCUCUCUCUCUUUAUCUGCAGAAAUGAACCCAGAAAGCUAAAGCAGGUGAACACACAGUAAGAGCAGAGUGGUGGAGGAAAGGAAAGGAGAAGACAGCAGAGCAGAUGGAGCCACAUCACAAUACUGGGGCAAACCAAGACUGGCCAAGUGUUAGAAGGGGCACCAUAAAAACUUAAACCAGGAAAACAGUCAGAAAAAUAAACCUACUCUGAGCAGCUGUCCCAAUGUUUGCAGACAGUUGGACAAAGACUUCAUCAGUAAACAGAGACAGCUCUCUUCAUAAUGGAGGGAAAUUAUGAUAAAGACAGUUUGAAAAAGGAAGUUACAUAUUUCAUAAGAGGAAGUAGACACACUCCUCUUUUUGGGCGGAGAUCCUUUCUAUGCAGAUGUAUUAUAGCAAAGCUGCUGAGGAGGCAGAUAUCUGAGCAUCAAUGAUAACUUUGUUUCUUUGGUUUGGAGCAACGUGUUGGCUUGUAGAAUAGAACUGACCGACAGCUUCAGUAGGAUCUGCAUCUUUCUGAAGAGACAUCCCUGCAGAUCUUCCCUUGUGAUAAUUGCAAAACUGACAUAGUUUAUGGUCCAAAAACCCUGAGGCAGUCCCGGGCGGAGUGCUAUCAGAGCCACUUCCUUUACCCGCGCUCAAGACAUUGGUGGACGGAGAACACAGCGCUGCACCAGAAACCUGCAACACCCAACACUGACACCCGCACACAAACCUGCGUGCUGCGUGCCAGGCCGAAAGCAACAAGCCAACUGCACAUGCACACAGAGGUAAAUUAUGCCGUGGAUCUUAUUGGUGACACAGAGGACUAUCCACUCCAACUCUUAAAGACCUUCAGACCAAAAGACCAAAGGGGAUUUUAAGAUGCACCUGCCCAGUGUGUAUGAGGGUGUGUAAGAUGACACGUGAUGCUGUAACAUUGGGGUUUGUUUAACUCAAGCCCUUAGUGUGUGUGUGGGUGUGUGUGUGUGUGUGUGUGUGAGAGAGAGAGAUAGAGUAAGAAAAAAGACAGAGCAAGUAUGUACCAGAACGCGUCAGCCUUGAGAGUGGAGCCACUGGCUAACUCCUCCUCACAGUGUACGUAUAAUCUGAGUGGACGGGAGCACCACAUGGACCAGCUGUACACGUACUUUUAUCUGGUUCUCUUUGUACCUGGCCUGCUGCUGAAUGCCACGGCCCUGUGGGUGCUCUGCACAUACAUCAGAAAGAAGACCAAGGCAGUGAUCUUCAUGAUUAACCUGGCCUUGGCAGACCUGGCCCAUAUCCUCUCUCUGCCUCUCAGGAUCUACUACUACUUCACCCACUCCUGGCCCUUCGGACAGCCCCUCUGCCUGCUUUGCUUCUAUCUCAAAUACCUCAACAUGUAUGCCUCCAUCUUCUUCCUGGUGUGUAUCAGCGUGCAGAGGUGUGUGUUCCUGCUGAAGCCCUUCUGUGCCCGCAGGUGGAGGCGGCGCUACGACAUGCUCAUCAGCGCCAGCGUGUGGCUGGUGGCGGGACUGGGCUGCUCCCCUUUCAUCAUCAUGAGGAGCUCCACCAGCACCAGCCUCGUCCCGAACACCAGCCCCUACUCCACUUCUACGCCUGGCCCUGCAGUCAAUUAUCAGCCCAAUGUCUCCCCCCUGUAUACAAGCUUCCAUCCCAGCACCAGCCUCAGCCUGACCUCCCUCUCCACCCCCGGCGACACGGCCAGUCCCGGCUGUUUCAAGGACCUACCUACUCGCCAGCUGCCCCUCCCCCUGGCGGCGGCCAUGAUGUCAGUGGCGGAGCUGUUUGGCUUCCUGCUGCCGCUCCUAGCCGUCAGCUACAGCUCCUACCGCAUCGCCCGCUCGCUCCGACAGAAGCAGGACAAGGAGGAACGUGGACAGACCAACCUGGCGGCCCACACCCCCACCACCAGAGCCUCCUCCUUCUCUUCCUCCUCCCGCCAGACGGAUGGAGAGAAGCGCCGCGGCCUCCGCAUGGUCCUGAGCUGCGCCGCCCUCUUCCUGGUCUGCUUCGCACCCUACCACCUCAACUUCCUGCUCUACCUCAUGGUGUCGCAGGGUUUGGUGUCCCACUGCCCCACGCAGAAGGCAGUGCUUCAGUUCCACCCGGUGUCCCUGUGUCUGGCCAGCGUCAGCUGCUGUCUCAACCCCCUCCUCUACUACUUCCUGACUGCAGAGUUUAGGAUGCACCUCCGCAGACGCACAUCCUCCAACUCCUCCAACCUGCUCUCCUCCCCUCCGUGCUCCUCGCAGCAGCCUCGGCCGAACAGGGAGCGUCUCACGAGCAUGGAGAGCGUCUCCUCGUACAGGGAAUAGCGGGCCAGGGAGCAGAGGCGCCUCCUCGGUCUGACCGCUGCUCCUUCUGAAGCCCCUCGUGCCACUUAAGGAGGAGCACUUCCUCUCCUCUUCCCGCUCUGCCUCCUCCUCCUCCGUCUCUGCCUCAAAUUCAAUUCGGUUCAAUUCACUCUAUUGAUCCCAAAGGGAAUUCAAGACACUCCUCUUCCGCCCUCCUCCUAUUCCUCCUCUACCAGUGAUCAGAUGAGAUGCAGCUUGGUCAUGCAGCUGGCGUCCUUGAUAAUAAUGGGAUGGAACACGUCACAACACAAUGACUUCAGAUGAGGAAGUGAGGAGAACUUCCCUGGGUCAUGUGACAGUGGAUUGUUUAUAAACUGACCCUGGAGCGGCCUGACCUUAGCUUGAGUGUGUGUGGAGCCAGAGGAGCUGUUGUUUAAAAAACAUUUCCAGUUUCCAGAGGAACUGAAUUGGACCCUGCUUUGUAGUGCUGUGUGUGUGUGUGUGUCUGGGUGGCAUGAACAUUGUACAGUUAUGAGUCAUCUGAGGUGUCUUUCAUAUCUAGCACCACAGGCACACCCAGACUAAGAUAAUCAGGAUGCCAACAACUGCUGAGCAAUCUCAUGAAUACACACACAAACUCCAGUUAUUUUCAAAUCCACUGUAAGCAUCAUUUGACGUUCUUCACGUCCAGUCCAUGGCCUCAACUUAGAGAUCAUGAAUAAACUGCAACAGAUAAGCUAGUGUUGAAGGGUCAGUAUGAAGCUAGUUUUGUGCUGCAACUACUGUUGCACAACCUUCUAGUUUAUAACAUGAAUAAAAGUCAAGCUUGUUUUAGUUUGAAAGAUGAAAACAUUCUGUUUGUAUAUUGUGUGCUGGUCAUUCAGAAGUCACCGCUAAUGUGAUGAUGACUUCAUGUUCAUAGGGGUGUUUAACUUGUAGAUAGACUGAUGGGUUGUCCUGUCAGAAUGAGAGGGAUGGAUAGCCUGGUUAAUCCAAUGUGCCCCCUCAAAGGGAGGACAGGUGAGAAGGCAGGGAGGUGUGUGCAGAGAGACUGGAUUGUGGGGCUCAUCUGACAAAACUGGGUCACUGUGGAUCACUGUAUGCUACCUAGCCAAAGUAUGGACAUGAAGACUUUCUACCAGGGAGUCAGUGGGUAGACAGAAUGCCAGCGGUGCACCUUAGACUCAUGUAAAAAGGAAGUCUAUGGCACAGCAACUGAUGAAAACAAAGUGAAUCAUUCACACCAUUUUGUUUACCCAACGUUCUGUAAAGUAACAGGAACAGUUUCUUCCACAAACCACAACUAGAACAAUAGAAAAAAAGCAACUUGUAGAGAGGAAGCACACCCACAGGGGCAGUGCCAGAUCAUUUGUGAUGCAGGUGCUGAUGGGGGGCUAUCAGUGAGAGGGAGAACUGCAGUUGCGCUAGCUGCUUGCCAGCUGUUUUUGUUUGUGAGACAAACCAAGGAAAGGACAGUACUUGAACCAUGGCCAAGCUAAAUGACUACAAUAAGCAGGGCAUGUGUUGCAACCUGGACACAUACAUCCUUUUCGAAACUUGGUUGCAGGUCCUUAUAUAACCUACAUUAACUGUUGCUAGUGUAUCCAACACCGCCCUUUUUUUCAGUUGCAGACCACAUGGUUUCAAGUGGUAUUACUUUAAAGGUACAGUUAUGAAUAUUUUUAGCAUGCACUGUUCCCAAGAUCAAUUAUUCACAAACCUUUUAUACUACUUUGUUUAUGCAGUAUACACACAAUAUUUCACAAUACACACUUGGUGUUUUUGAACUAGUUUUUGCAUGACUUUCACGCAGGUUUUAUCCUUUUUUUUUAUCCCGUCCAGUUUUAUACAGGCUGAAACUGAAUCUAAAGACAACUUAAGUGGCUUCAAGUAUAACAGAGAUGGAUGGAUGGAUGGAUAGAUAGAUGGAUAGAUGGAUGGAUAGAUGGAUGGAUAGAUACAGUGC